UUUUCAAAUGCGUGUCUGUGUGGUUGGCGCCGGGGCUUCUGGCCUGCCAGCCAUCAAGGCCUGUAUUGAAGAAGGGCUUGAUGUUGUGUGUUUUGAGAAAACUGCUGAUAUUGGAGGACUAUGGAAUUACAGACCUGGACAGAAAGACAUCGGAGGAACCGUAAUGGAGAGCACAGUAGUAAAUACCUCAAAGGAAAUGAUGGCCUACUCGGAUUUCCCUCCUCCAGCAGAAUUCGCUAAUUUCAUGCAUCACACGAAAGUCAUCGAAUACAUCAAAAGUUACGCAGAGCAUUUCGGACUCAUGGACAAAAUCCGGUUCAAUACCCCAGUGAAAAGAAUUUCAAGAAAUGAACAGAACAAGUAUAUUGUCAGCUUGCAAAAUGGAGAAAUUGAAGAGUUUGAAAAGUUGAUUUUGUGCACAGGUCAUCAUGCAGAACCAUCUUAUCCAGAAUUGAAAAAUUUGGAUAAUUUUAAAGGCAAAGUCGUACAUGCUUAUGACUACACAAACACUUCAGGAUAUGAAGGAAAAGACGUUUUUCUUCUCGGCAUCGGAAAUUCUGCUCUUGAUAUUGCAGUUGAUAUUGCCAAAAUUGCGAAAUCAGUCACAAUUUCUACCCGAAGAGGAACAUGGAUUUUCAACCGUGUCAGUCAAGGGGGCAUGCCAUAUGAUGUUCAGCUCUUCUCCAGAUAUUAUGACACACUUCUGAAAACAAUCCCUCAUGCAGUUGCCAAUGACUUCAUGGAGUAUCGUCUCCAACAAAGAAUGGAUCACGAUGUCUAUGGUCUGCGUCCAGAUCACAGAUUUUUCCAACAACAUCCUACUGUAAAUGAUGCACUCGCAAAUCUUUUGUGUGCUGGAUAUAUCACAAUCACAGAAGAUAUUGAUACAUUCACUGAGAACAGUGUUAUUGUGAAGGGAGGCAGAGAAUUCAAGUGUGACAUAUUUUUGACAUGCACUGGAUACACAUUUGGUUUUCCAUUUGUUGAUUCGGAUAUUGUAGAAAUCAAGAACCAACAAGUUCCUCUGUACAAAUAUGUAUUUCCACCAAACAGUGACAGUGUUGCAGUCAUCGGGCUCAUUCAACCAAUUGGAUCAAUUGCUCCAAUUUCUGAAAUCCAAAGUAGAUGGGCUGCCAGAGUAUUUGCAGGAAGAUGCCAACUUCCAUCAAGUCAAGAACAAAUCGAUGAUAUUCAGAAAAAGAAGGCAGCAAUGAAGAAACGAUAUUUUGAUAGUAUCAAGCACACGAUUCAAGUGGAUUAUAUGAGUUAUAUGGACGAAAUUGCGGAGAUUAUUGGAUGUUUACCGCCAAUGAAGCAUUAUCUGUUCUUUUAUCCUAGAUUCUGGAUGAAACUUUUCAUGGGGGCAAAUGUACCAUAUGCCUAUAGAUUGGUUGGACCACAUGCAUGGGAAGGUGCAGAGCAAGCUAUUUGGACAGUUUCUGAAAGAGUCAAGAAGCCACUGAAAAACAGACAAUGCAGGAUUAGGAAGCAUAAGAAGAGAGGGUCUACGGACGAAUACUUCCGAUAUGCGACUCAAAAAGUGAUUGCCACAAACAUUUCAAUUCUAUUCUGCUCCGGUCUUCUUCUAUACUGCUCCACAACAUCAACACUUCCUCCAGCUGUUUAUUUCUUCUCAUUCUUCCUUUUCUUUACUCUUUACGGUGCAACACUAAUGUGGUUUGACCUACAAUAUGACAUGACCACAAUCUUCUAGAUUCAAUUUAAUUGUUUUCACUUUCAAUUAAACUUAAAACCUGGUUUUUUGUGUUUCAGGAAUGAGCUUUUAUAUUGUUAAUUUGUUUAUGUGUGAUUGAGUGUGUGAUUACUUUUUGAAUUCUUGUAGAUGCCGAUUUAGAUUUGAUAAACGUUUAUUUUGAAAGAUGAGUUUUGCAUUCAUAUGUAAAAAAACAGUUUUCAAAAGUGUUUGAUGUUCUCAUUGUCAUUCAAAAAUAAAUUGGCAGAAACUGGUUUUUACGCGGGCAAUUGAAGAUUAUAAAAAAUAAAAUUUUUAACUGAUG